CAAGAGCAACAGCAGCACUAGUAGCAAAACAGAAGCAGGGGGAAUUGGUUCGGGUGGAAAUGUUCAUUUAUUGCGUGCUGCGCGUUGUGUGUGUUGAUUGUUUACCCAAAAAAGUCACUAUUAUCUAGUCUCUUCCAUCAAAAAGUUGUCGAAUCGCGUUUAGAACGGUCCAUUGUGCAAUAAUCGCCGUCAUCGUAACGCAACGGGAUCGAAGUCCUUGUCACACGAUCGCGAGUGAAUUGAAGUGGAAAAGUUGUGACCUCAAAAAGCCAAUCUAGUCCCUUCAAAGACGACGACGUCGCUUCAGUGCUGAUGGGAGGAAAAUCGAUGCACUACCGUUUCUAACACACAAAAAUGGCGUCGCGGCGUCCGCUGGGAUCUCGUUCUACUACCAUCGUUGCUUAUCGGGGUCUUCGAGCGUUUGAGGGCAGAUAUUAGAAACUGGUUUGAGCCACAGCCAAGCGGACAAUCGGUUCUGGAAGUGUCUGGGCGACAAAUGUCGAUGUGAGUGAGCUAGGUAUACAACACGAGUCGAAGUUGUCCUUCAAGAGUCUCAAGUAGCUCAAGGUAGUUCGCUUUUGGAAAGCAGAUUAGCUUUUAGGAAGACACAUCACAAUUGACGAUGAGUUCCGGCCAGUCCCAGCAGUUUUGCGUUCGAUGGAACAGUCACCUAGGUAGCAUCGGGGCUGCCUUUCCACAGCUAUUGGCCGGCCAACGGUUCGUGGAUGUGACACUCGCCUGUGAAGGUCAUCAGGUACACUGCCACCGGCUGGUGCUGGCGGCAUGUUCGACCUUCUUCGAGAACCUCCUGGGUGAGAACCCGUGCAAGCACCCAAUCAUCAUACUUCCGCGGGAAAUCAAACUGUGGGCCAUCCAAGCGUUGGUAGAUUUCAUGUACAAAGGAGAAGUGAACGUAUCUCAGGCCGGUUUACCAGAUCUGAUGAAAUGUGCAGAAAUACUGAAAAUUCGUGGAUUGUGUGGGUCGGAUGCCGCGCUCAAUCUGAAUCACAUUAACAGCCCCGCAAGAAGCACCGGUACCGGCAGUACGAUGCUAGCCGGAGCGGCGGUUCACCCGAACGACCCUUCGAAUCAUAGUGGCCAAAGAGGAAGUAGUCCUCAACGUACAGAGCACGGCAAAAUACAGCAAAAUAGUGCUCUCAGUGGUACUAAACCGGGAGGAAACUUCUUGCACAGUCUCAACCUGCAACCUGUAGCCUCAUCAACGCCGGUAAAAGCAUCUAGUCAGCAGCGACCGCAAGAGCGGCAGCCACAAAGUCUUCAACCCAGCGGUGAUGAUGGCGAGAAUAGCGAUAACGGAAGCAGUGGGAAUGAGAUGUGCAUCAAGACGGAGGAUCUGAUCAUAGAUGAAGAUGCUGGAAAAGGCGACGAAGAAGACGACAUGGAAUUAUUAGGAAGCGACAAAAAUCAAGCAGAGGACGACGAUGCUGUCGAGGAUGAAGACAUAGAGGACUAUAUCGAAGAUGUAGAUCAAGACCUCCGACCGCUCGACGAGCGAAAGCAAGAGCGUCACGAAAGUAAUAGUAGUAAUAAUAACAAUGAUUUCACAAUCACCGUCACGGACAACAACAGUAGAACUAGUAAUCAUGCUAAUUCCAAAACGUCCCAAACGAACCAAGUGACCUCUUUAUCCUCCUCGCCUCCGCCGUCGUCGUCAUCGUUGCUGUCGAUUUUAACACGUGGCUCAAUCCGGGUGAAAUCGAACGAAAAUCUCUUUGAUAACCAUAAAAAGCAACUGAAAGAGCACAGAACUCCAAAGAAAUCCGCGAGUCGGCAACACGUGCUCGCGCCUUACGGUAUCGCUAGUAUUGGUGGUGACGAUGGUGAUGGUGGUGGUGGCAUGAGUGUUGACGAUGGGACUGAUUCCGGUGUAUCCGGUCUUCCAUCUUCUCUAGUGUACAAUCGAAACACGAUGGACAUAUACGUGAAACCAAAGAAAGGCAUCGGGGGCGCCAGCACUGCCAGCAAUCCGGAUAUAUCGCUCGAGGAAGGCGGCAGCGAGCUGUCCACCGAUGGCUACGAGAACAUCAUCUGUUCACCCAAUUUCCCCCAGCUUGGCAGCAGUACGAUGGGCAGCUAUCAGGACGAUGAUUAUGACGACGACUUCGACAUACAAAUCCUGCCAGAUGAUAGCUGUAUGACGAAUGGCGACAGCGACGGCGGCGGAGACGAUGAGCUGGUCUAUCCUCCGCCGCUUCUUCCAUUUGGUAAUUCCGAAACUAGCAUCACACGUGUGCCAUCAAUUAAAGGGAUGACCAGAACCAACGGUGGACCAGGCCUACUUUCCUCACGGAGGUAUGGUCGACAGUCUAGCGCAAGAGGUGGUGCCAGUAGGCUACUGAGCCAACUGACCAGGGAUACUAAGGUCCCGCUAGCCAAUGGCGUGGCGAUUCCUCCGUCGGCAUUUGUGCUGAGGAACCCACGCGGUAACCAGCCCCGGUCAUACAAUACGGAUGCUCUGUGGUCGGCCCUGAUGGACGUCAAGGCGGGCGAAAGCAUAUACAGAGCCUCACAAAUCCACAAAGUUCCUCGCAAGACGCUUCGCAACUGGAUGAAGCGUUGGGACAUCAAGUCCGCCUAUCCGAUGCCCCGGCAGCUGAAGGAAGCCGCCGAGAAGAAACGCAUCAUCAAAGAACUGACUGAGCAGGCACAGCACCUCAGCGACGAGCCAAUACCGUAGUGGUAGUUUUUAGCGCCGUAGUGCGGUUUUACAAAGAAAAAAAAAAUGAAAGGUAACAGAUACCAAUAUAUAUAUAUUCGUUUUUCUACAAUUAUAAUUUAACAGCAAAGAAAAAGAUAGUCAAGUCAGUUGAGUAUAUGGCCGGUAAAGAGAGACCUUAAGUAUAUAUACAUAUAUUUUUCAGUUUUAGCAGAUAAGACGUACCAUAGAGCGUGUGUGAAAAAGGACUACUUCCCUAAGAAACGGAACGAAAUGGUUCAAAGCAAAGUCUAGUUCGGUAGUUUUAAGAUUACCCUUAUGUUUCGAAAGCAUAUGAAUAAACAGCCAGAAAAAAAUCUCCUAAUUUUAAGUUUGAUAGUUUACAGUAGGGCUCAUAGCGUCAUUGGCUGUAUAGUUUAGCGCCUAAUCCGGAAUUGUCCGGUGCACCACCGCCAAAGAAAUGUUGGGUUAGAGCGUUAAAACUUAUCAGUGUGUAGGAUUUGAUUUACCCACAGCACUUCCUUGGUCAUACAUAAACCAUUGAGUCAAUCGAUUGGCGUACUUUCAUUUAGGAUAGUAGAUCUAUUUCUAGUCAAAUGUUGAAAAACCAACACCACUAACGUUUUCCCAAGGGAUUUCUACGAUUCUAGUUUAGCGGCUUUAGUCACGCUCGGUUGCAAUGUACCAUUUUCUUUAACCUUAAGUGAUUAUAGAAUAUUUUUUAUACCUAACCGAUAGCUUUUUUCUCGGCACCAAUAAUUUCUAUUGUAGUAGGUACUUAUGAAUACGGAACCUUAAAAAGAGUGUAAGCAAAUAAGAAGUCUUAUUUAACUAUUUUAUUUGAACCAAUCUAGUGUCGUUUCAUCAUCACCAAAUAUGUGAAAGUCAAUAAAGUGAUUUCAUCAAACCAA